AGCCCAACGACUACACGGCUGUAUCAACCUUCUGUGUGUAGAAUAGCUGAAGAUCUGAAAACUUCAGGACCAACACAACACCUUCUGAGAUGGCGAACUGGAUCGUUCUGCUUGUGGCGUUUGCGUCCGUAAACCUCUCUCUAUCUGUUAGAGAACUGGAAUAUUCCACUCCCCAAAGCUGCAAAGAGCUCAAGCAAACAUAUAAAAUCACUCAAGACGGUCUUUAUUACCUGAGCACGCCGAGCGGUGUCGUGUAUCAGACGUACUGUGACAUGACGACUGCAGGAGGAGGAUGGACUCUGGUGGCCAGCGUUCAUGAGAACAACUUGUACGGGAAAUGCACCACCGGUGAUCGCUGGUCCAGUCAGCAGGGUGGAAGUCCGAACGUACCUGAGGGAGACGGGUCGUGGAGUAACACCGUCACAUUUGGCACUGCAGAAGCUGCAACCAGCGACGACUUCAAGAAUCCUGGGUAUUAUGGCGUCAGAGCGGAGGACGUGGCAGUGUGGCACGUUCCUAAUAACGAGCUAGUGGGUCGUUGGAAACUAACAUCAUUCCUGCGCUACCACACGGAGACCAAAUUCCUCAAUAACUACGGAGGAAACCUCUACAGUCUCUUCAAGCAAUUCCCAGUGAAGUACAACGUAGGAAGCUGUCCUGCUAACCACGGCCCCUCUGUUCCUGUAGUGUACGAUGUUGGAAGUGCCACUUCCAACCAUAACCUGUACGGACCCAAUAUUAGAGCGAAUUCUGUUCCCGGAUUCAUCACAUUCCGAGCGAUAAACGCGGAGAGGGCGGCGAUGGCGAUCUGCUCGGGAGUCAAACCCACAGGCUGUAACAAUGAACACUGCUGUAUAGGAGGAGGUGGGCAUUUUCCUGAACAGUCUCCGAGGCAGUGUGGUGAUUUCACCUCUUUCGACUGGAACGGUUACGGCGCUAACACCGAAUGGAGCGCCAGUAAGCAGAUAACCGAGGCGGCGGUGCUCAUCUUCUACCGCUGAGAGAGAACCUUCCAGAACCAACUGCACACAAUUCACACACCAGUAUAGCCUUAAUUACUGCAUGACUGCAUGAUGGUGUGUGUGACAGAGCAAAAGAUUUAUAAAGUUCAUUUCCAGAUGUUUACCGCAGGUCAUGUGUUUCUCUCUCUCUCUUAAUAAAUACACAUUAACCAAAUCAAUGGCAGUACUGUAUGUAAGAAUGGGCUGAGAAUUGUGUAGCAGUUUUUAGCACUCACCUGCUUUAUGAUGCAUUAUUACAGGCUUAUAAUCAAUUUCAAACCUAUCCAUUUCUGCUUACGGUGUUGAGGGUGUGUGUCCUCCUGAUUUUAUGAAAUAAUAAAGUUAUGAGCAUUA